CAGCAGCUGCAGCAGCAUGAGAGGGGCCUCCUGCAGCACAUCCAGGGCAUGCAGUCUCGAAAGAAAGCGGCUCUGCAGACUCCCGCUGGGCAUGUGCUCUCUGAGCAGCAACAGCUGCAUGCGUUGUUAGGCCUCCGUGUUCCCGUGGAAGUUGCACGCGGGAGCGCCUCUGCAGCAGCAGCAGCAGCUGCUGCUGCUGCUGCAAAGACGCGUGCCCUUGCCGAGCAGACUAGAGAGUUUGUCACGGAGCAGCAGGACCUGCUGGUGCAGCAGCCGCCGCAGCAGUACUGCGACUUGCUGCUGCAACAGCAGCGCUUGGAGGGAGAUGCUGCAGACGGCUCCACGGCAGCCGACAGUCACGAGUGCAGUCAGACACAAGACGCUCAACAGCGGUCUCUGCAACACGAGGCGGCGCUGAGGGACUAUCUCGCGAUGGCGUCACCAGUACGAGGCACCCGUCUUGCUGCUGACGUCCACGCAUUCGCGCAGCUGCUCCAGGUGGCGAUUGACUCUUUGGCUCUUUUGUGGAGGCGGUCGGCCUUCCCCGAAGCUCAGGAGCAUCAGCACCUUCAUCACCAACAGGUGUUUCUGGAGGAGCUCGACGGGGCAGAUGUGCAUUACCGCCAGGCCCUUGCGGAGCCGCUGCUGCGUGCCAUUCACGAGAAGGCGGGGCCAAUUCUUGGCGUUAGACCUUACAGAUAG